UGUGUUGUGCAGCUUUGUGAUAAUGGAUUUAGUGAGAUUCCUUGCUCAUACUUUCUGUUGUCCACCAUUCCCAUCCCGUAUAGCAGCCAAAAUAGCAUUUCACCCACCAACACCCCCAUCCUACAAAGUUAAACAAACGCAAGAAAAAGGAAUUGAAUGCAUCUUCAACGAGGAAAUGUGCAAAAUCGAGCCGGACGAACUAGCAUACACUCAAAUGAAGAUUUGGAACACUUCCUUGGGCAACCGAAUCACCGUUAUGCACAUUUCUCCAUUCAGAAGACCCCGCUGCACUCUCCUUUGUAGUCACGGAAAUGCCGGGGACCUCGGUCUGCUGUAUGAGUGCUACCUCAUGCUUGCACGACGUCUCCACUGUAACGUGGUUUGCUACGACUACUCGGGCUAUGGGGGAAGUUCAGGUCGUCCUUCCGAAGCCGACUUGUAUGCGGACGUCGAGGCGGCUUGGGACUGUACUUUGAACGGAUUCUUUGUGCCUAUGGAGAGAAUUGUGCUCUACGGACACAGUAUAGGCACAGUCGCCUCCCUUUACUUGGCCUGUCUUGUUCAGACGCGUGGUCUUAUUUUGGUUGCUCCUUUGGCCUCGGGAUUGCAUUUUUUGUUUGCUCCCAGGAAGAUGAAGCGUUUUGGCGUGUUUUUUAAUAAGUAUUAUAUUCUUGGCAUUUGCAGUCUUGGUAGGAUCAGCAAGGUCAAAUGUCCGACGCUCAUCGUCCAUGGAGAGGCCGAUACUAUUGUCCAUGUUGAACACAGUCGUCUGCUCGCUGCGAAGGCUCGUUCUGAUAUUACGGAUGUAUUUUUUAUUCCACAUGUUGGUCACAAUGACAUUGAGUUAAUGCCCGACUUUUUUAAAUAUCUCAAGAAUUUUCUUAAUAAAGUUGCUCCGUUUGACUAA